GAGACGGGCUGCAGAAGCGUUCGGCAGAAAAAGUCCUAAUCGUCUCUCCUCCUCGCCCGAAAGAUAUAUAAAGUUGGAUUAAAAAAUAAGAAUUACAAACUUUAGAUUUUGAAGCGAUUCUUUCGCACACAAAGCCGGUCUUUGUUCCUCUUUAGCAAUGUUUGCCGCAACCUCUCGCCGUCUCUCACCCUCGCUUUUGUCGUGUUCCCGCCGCGGCUUGGCAACGGCAGCUGCAACUCGGCCGCGGACUGCCAUCGUGACGGGUGCGGCACGGGGAAUCGGCAAAGCCAUCGCCCUGCGCCUGGCCCGCGACGGCUACGACGUCUGCGUCAACGACCUGCCCGUCCUGCAGGCCGAGGCAGAGUCGGUCGCGCGCGAGAUCGGCAGCAUGGACGGGCGGCGGGCGUGCGUGGCGCUCGGCGACGUCUCGGACGCGUCGCAGGUCGGCGACGUGGUGGCGACGAGCGUCGGGAGCCUCGGCCCGCUCGACACCAUGGUGGCCAACGCGGGCGUCGCGCGCGUCAAGGCGCUGCUCGAGUACGAGGCGGGCGAGUUUGAGCACAUCUUUCGCGUCAACGUCGGCGGCGUGCACAACUGCUUCGCGGCGGCGUCGCGGCAGCUCAUCGCGCAGGGCGAGUGCACGCCGCAGAGGCCGGGGAAGCUGCUCGCCGCGUCGUCGGUGGCAGGGUUCCGGGCCAUGGGGCUGAUGGGCCCCUACGGCGCGACCAAGUUUGCGGUCAGGGGGCUGGUGCAGGCGUAUGCGCUCGAGAUGGGCCCGCAUCACAUCACGGCCAACGCGUACGGGCCCGGCAUCAUCGGCACCGACAUGUGGGAGCUCAUCGAUCGGGAGCUGGGCAAGGUGGCCGGCGGGGAGGUCAAGGCGGGCGAGAUGAUGCAGAAGACGGCGGAGGGGGCCAUUGCGCUGGGCAGGACGGGCGUGGCCGACGACGUUACGGGAUUGGUGAGCUUCCUGGCGGGCAAGGAUUCCAACUACAUCACGGGCCAGACACAGAUUGUCGACGGCGGACUGUUCCUCACGUGAAGGAAUGCGCGAUGGGGCUGUUAUUUAAGGGCUCGGCGGGGAUCGAUACAGGGGUUUCUUGCAGACGAGCAAAAAAAGAAAUCCCAAAGUUGACUGGGGACAUUAUAGCGGGUAUGCCGCGGGCAGAAGACAUAGUGCGAUUCAGUGGUAUGCAUGCGCUAAAAUGCCUUGGAUACGCAGCCGACGGCUCUCUCAUUACCUGUGCAUGCCUGUUUUUCCUCCUUUUUUUUCUUUUUCCUCCUUUUUAGACCAAAGUUGGCAGAAAUCACCACAUCGCGGGGGCAAACCUAGUUGCCGGAGCUUUUUACCCCAAGUUUGACUUCCCUCCGUAGCUCCCGUCCGGCUGAUAACGUCUUAGAUCCCGCCAGACGGCGGUUGAACCUUAGAUUGAACCAAUCAUACUUUUUGUUUCCCGCGAGCCUG